GAAUCCAUGGAAGAAGUAUUGAAUGGGGCCCUUGGUACAUUGGAAACCACAUCAUAGGCAUGGACAGAUGGUCGCCUUCUUUCUCCAUUGAUUUGCUUAAAGGAAUCACAUCACCAGUUUGGAUCCGCUUCCCAGGACUACCAUUGAGCUGUUGGGAUGAGGACAAUAUCCCUAUCAUUGCCUCAAUGAUAGGUACUCCUUUGAUGUUGGAUGGAAAUUCAUUCAAAUGGGGAAAGAGGGAGUAUGCUCGAUGCUGCGUUCACGUUGAUCUGGAAAAAAAGCUCCCUACAGGUGUUUGGAUAGAGGGUAUUCACGGAAGAUCCUUUCAACGGGUGGAAUACAAAAAAUUAACUUCUCUUUGUUACCAAUGUGGUAGAGUUGGUCAUAGCAAAGAUGAAUGUCCUGAUUCUAUUGUUGUUACUAAAACUGAUUUGAAAGAUAAAGGUCCUAGAGAUUUUGUAAAUCAGGUUGGGGAAGUAAAAUCUGAUAUGGUUAAGAAGAAUGUUGAAGAAUAUGGGUCUUGGAUCCAUGUUAAGUUUAACAAUAGAAGAUUCAAAAAUGCCAAAAAAAACAUUGGUGUUAAUACUUCUAUUAAAAAGGUUUAUAAACCUGUUGCUAUAUUGAAACAGGGGAAUGCUGCUGAGGUGAAGGAGGUUUGUAUUACCGAAAAAAUGUCAGUCCAAACAGAGUCAGCGAAGGAGACUCAAGAUGUUGCAGUUCAAGUUCAGGAAAUUCCAAUUGCUGUUAAUAAAUUCCAAGUUUUGGAUUGUGAUGUAGAGGAGGGAGAGAUUGCUGAAAGGAUGAAUGUGAAGAUCUCUGGUAAAUCUAAUGAUUUGGAUUCAGAUGAGGCUGUUGGUUCUCUUGAAUUGCAGGAUAGUAGUGCUGAACAGAUAAGGGAGGAGCAUACAAUAGGUUUGUCAAAUUCUGUGAAAG